AUGACCAUCCAACACAUAUCAUCUAUCGCGAUUUAUGAGACUCCAUUUCAUUUUUAUGUUAUUGGAUCGGAUCCAUCGGAAACUAGAUUCUGCACACUGAAGAUCGACCGGCUCAAUGAGUCUGAGUUUAUUGUCGGCGAGCCAAAUCAUGAAUAUACCAAAGCUGAUGUUGGAGAACUGUUGGCGACCAUCUCAUCUAGUUCUAGUAGGUUAAAUAUAUUUUUAUUGGCAUUUUUCUCUUUUUAGUUGUGACACCUUCAGAGAAAUGGAGUACAAGAAGAAAUCCGAAUCCUGGGUUGAUCAGAACAUUGGACAAGGCUUUGGGAAUUAUUGGGGCUGUUAAAUUUUUAGAAGGUUAUUAUCUCUUAGUCGUGACAAAAGCCAGAGUGGCAGCCUCAAUUGGCCAUCAUGUCAUCUACAAGGUCGAGGAUGUCUCCAUGAUUUAUUUAUUGGCUUCUGGGUCGCCUGUUAGUGCAGAUGAACAGAGAUACGCCAAGCUAUUCCAGGUGACGGGUAAAAUUUCGUUUACUUUGUUUAGACAGUGGACAUGACAACAGAUUUCUACUUCUCAUACACUUACGAUCUGAGCCGAAAUCUGCAGGAAAAUGUGCUGAAAGCAAAAGGAUUGCACUUUAAUAAGACGUCAUACUCAUCAGAAAUGACAGCAGAGAAUAAAUUUGUUUGGAAUGAAUAUUUGUUGGAGCCUUUUAGGAAGAACGACGUCAGUAAAAAAUGGACGGUGGAACUUGUCCAUGGUUAUGUUGCGUAUCAGAUUGUCGAGUUGCCUUUCGCCAAACUAACUUUAGCAGUGCUGGCUAGAAGAUCAUCCAGAUAUGCCGGAACUCGGUUUCUGAAAAGGGGAACUAACUUUGAAGGUAUCAUUUUUGCGUUUCCUUGAUUUUAUUUUUAUUUCAUUAUUAAUGUAUACAGGUCAUGUUGCCAAUGAUGUCGAAACAGAACAAAUUGUGUGGGACAUGAAUUCAAGUCCAUCUCUGAUCACAGGCCGUUUCUCUGGGUUUGUCCAACGUCGGGGAUCAGUGCCUUUGUUCUGGUCUCAAGAUCCUGCUACUCGGGGUGUUGUGGGGAAACCUCCAAUUUACAUUGAUCUUGUGGAACCCCAUGGAUUAACAACUGCUGCUCAUUUUAAGUAAGGGUUGCAACUCUUCUGCAAUAUUUCUUUAGGGAACUUCGGCGAAAAUAUUCCCAUCCUAUUAUGGUGAUUAAUCUUGUGAAACGAAGAGAAAAACGACAUCACGAAAAUCUGCUUCAUGAACAAUUUCUGAAGGUUAGUUGGUUUUUUAAACAAUGCAUUUUUAGACCGUCAAGUAUCUGAACGAGUUUCGAAAGCCAGGCCGGAAGAUAGAUUAUAUCAGCUUCGAUGUAGCCAAGUGCAAUAAAACGGGUCUAGUUCUCCCCCGAUUGGAACAAUUGGGGCUCAAGUCUGUCCUUAGGACUGGAUGGUUUCAGGUAAUGCAAGCAAUAAUCAUUUAGUAUUGUUUUUAGUCAUUUCCCGAACUUAUGGGUCAUAAAAUCAGAAGACAUCCGCUUCUGAAUUCUUUCGAUCCUCUUUGCAGCGAGGAUGGCCAGCUGAUUUUACAGCACGGACUGGCGAGAACCAAUUGCGUCGAUUGUCUUGACCGCACAAAUGUUGCGCAAUAUGGAAUCGGUAGGUUGAAUGGACUGUCAGCAGCUUUUUUAGGCCGGAUUGCUUUAGGCUUUCAAUUGUAUGGCCUCGGCUACGUGGAUGAACCCUGGAUUUCCGUUAAUGGAGAGUUAUGUAGAGCUUAUGAAGACCUUUUUGACGAGCAUGGAGACACGUUAGCAUUGCAGUAUGCGGGUUCUCAACUUGUUCACUCCAUCAAAACUUACAAGAAAACGUCGGCCUUUCAAGAGAGAAGUCGUGACGUCAUUCAAACCAUUUCCCGAUAUUACAGUAAUACUUUCAACGACUUCGAGAAACAGAAUGGUAUCAACUUGUUCUUGGGGAUUUACAAGUACGUUCUUUUUAUGCUUGAGUUCUCUCUAUCUACUUGA